AUGGAGAGACACCCGCACGGAGGAGGAUCAACACAGCUCAGUGACUUAUCCAGAGACGCUGAACUGAAAGUGAAGAGUCAGACAGCCCUGCGCAACAGGCCUUUUUAUCUCAGGCGGUGGCCAGUGACACACCUGGACACGCAGUGGACCAGUGACACACCUGGACACGCCCUGGACCCGCCCUGGACCAGGUCAAGCCUGGACGCCGUGGACCAACCAGUAUCACUGAAGUACAAUAAUACUGAGUUGUUUCAUCAAGGCGGAUAA